GCACGAUCUUAGUCUAUCUGAGUAGUAUAUCAUCGGUAAUCAAGACCAGACACAAAAUUGUUCUUGAAGAUUAACUUAUUACUUUGCCAUAUAUUUAAAAAUAAUCGUGUAACUGAAAUUAAAGAGCUAUCAUAGCAACUUUUUAUAGGACUUUUAUUUUUAUAACAAUUUAUGCGUUCUUCAUUUCUAAAUCGAUCAAUUUAUAAGUGUUACUUAUUUCUACACUGUGUGUUGAAUAUUUACGUUUUAAAGCAAAUAUAGCUUUCUUUGGUCAGCUGAAUAAUGAUGAGUUGCGAGGACGUUAAAAUGUGCACAACGGCAGUAGAAGGCUGUGGACCGACAGCAUGUGGAGAAGGAGAUGUUCAUGUUAUGCUCUUGGAGCCCAGACCUUUUCGACCAUUUAAAACCAGCGAAGAAUAUCUGUAUGCCAUGAAAGAAGACUUGGCAGAAUGGUUGAAUGCGCUAUACGGUUUGGACAUUACAGUGGACAACUUUUUAGAACGGCUAGAGACUGGGGUAAUUUUGUGUCAACAUGCGAACAACGUACACCGCAUGGCGCAAGAAUGGCAACAAGCUGGGCAGAACGGAUUAAAUUUACCUAUCCCGCAACGCGACAUUGUGUAUCGGCCUGAUGUUCACCCUGGCACAUUCCAGUCUCGUGAUAACAUAUCAAACUUUAUUUCCUGGUGCCGGAAACUGGACAUAAAGGAGUGCUUGCUCUUCGAAACUGAUGAUUUGGUGCUCCGAAAGAACGAGAAAAGUUUCAUUUUGUGCUUGUUGGAGAUAGCUCGCCGGGGGUCAAAGUUUGGGAUGCCCGCUCCACUCUUGGUCCAGAUGGAAGAGGAGAUUGAUGCCGAGCUGGCAAACGGAGACUUAGACUGCGAAUGUCAAGAGGUCUUCAGUGAACUGAUGAGUAACAAACCGCAGAUCAUUACAAAUGAUCUUCGAAGUCUUCAUGAAAGAGUGGUGGAUCUUCUGGGCCGCUGCACAUGUCCUUCUCAAUUUCCAAUGAUCAGAGUAUCAGAGGGUAAAUACAGGAUAGGUGACACCAAGAUUUUGAUCUUUGUUCGG